UGUUCCCCAGUAGCGAAUAACGAGCAGCAGUGUGUGAAUGUGGCAACCGAGGUAGACAGGGAGGGGUAGAUAGAGUGACCAGACCUCAGGCUUUUUGUCUUUUGUCUUUAUUUCUCUUCUCUGACGAACUGUUUACAGUCUAUGUACAGACACGGUUGUAAACUUGUGUAUGUAGCAGAAACUGCUGCUUUUCUCUGGGACUCACCGUUACCGUAGUGAAAACAGCCCAGAAGAAAGAAGGAAGGGGAGAAACAACAUGGGGCGAUGAUAAAAAAGAAGGUGUUGUGCUGUGAACCGACGAUGACUCUCUGGGAGGAUCCGUGAAGCUUAUUUAUUUUUAUUUAUUGCCCCGCUUUUCCUGUCCCUGUUUUUGUUUUAUUUUUGUAUGUUCUCCUCCCUUGCUACUUUGGUGAGGUUGCUUUUUAAAGGAUAAGGAUACGUUACGAGAAAUACAGAAGGAUGGACCAAGCCGGUAUCCUUAGAAAGUUUAUCCAGGGGGUGAAGGCCAUGAGCGAGGGGGACGAGGAGAGGGGAGAGGACAACUUCGGCAGCGACUUCAUGCGGUUACGGAGAUUAUCAACUAAAUACCGGACGGAAAAGAUCUACCCGACCAACGUAGGAGAACGGGAGGAGAAUGUGAAGAAGAACAGAUACAAAGAUAUACUGCCAUUUGAUCACAGCAGGGUGAAGCUGACGCUAAAAACAACCAAUCAGGACACAGAUUAUGUCAAUGCAAACUUCAUUAAGGGUAUGGACGGCCCAGAAGCCUAUAUUGCAACUCAGGGCCCGCUUCAGAACACGGUCAUCGACUUCUGGAGGAUGAAUUGGGAAUACAAUGUAGCUGUCAUUGUUAUGGCUUGUCGAGAGUUUGAGAUGGGAAGGAAAAAGUGUGAGCGGUAUUUCCCGUUACUUGUGGAGGAGCCCAUGAGUUUUGGCCCUUUCAGAAUCUCCUAUGAAUCUGAGCAGGCCAGAACAGACUACGUUAUCAGGACUUUGAUGGUGGAAUAUGAGAAUGAGAGCCGGAGAAUAACACAGUUCCAUUAUAUGAACUGGCCAGAUCAUGACGUGCCCUCAUCGUUUGACUCCAUAUUGGACAUGAUUGGACUAAUGAGAGAAUACCAAGAGAAUGAUGAUGUCCCUAUAUGUGUCCACUGCAGUGCAGGCUGUGGGAGGACAGGCGCUAUCUGUGCUAUCGACUACACUUGGAACCUCCUCAAAGCUGGUAAAAUACCAGAAGAUUUUAAUGUUUUUCGGUUGAUCCAAGAGAUGAGGACGCAACGGCACUCUGCUGUUCAGACCAAGGAGCAGUACGAGUUAGUUCACCGAGCGAUUGCUCAGAUCUUUCAGAAACAACUACUACUCCUGGAGAGCCCCACCAACACGCAGAUACAUGAUGGCAUGGACGAAAGUAGUCCAGAUAAAGCGAGCCACCAAUCAGAUGAUGAGAGAUGGGACACACCUCCUCCCAAACCUCCCCGCAUCCGCAGUUCCCAGGCAGAAGGUGACGUGAAGGAGGAGAUCCUGCAGCCCCCAGAGCCUCACCCCGUACCCCCAAUUCUGACCCCAUCUCCCCCCUCAGCCUUCCCAACUGUCACCAAUGUACGACAGGACAACGACCGUUACCACCCUAAACCUGUUAUACACGUCCUGGCAACCUCACAGACACAAAACAAAGAAGCUGAUAAGCAGCAGAACAAGUCAACCAGUCUUAACAAGCAGACGAGCCCCUCAGAGCAGAAAGACCAGGAUCUACAAGGUCUAAAACAGCAGACUCAGGUCUCAAAUCUAGACCUGAACGAGAACUAUAACAACAAGCCGUCGUCAACAUCCACAAAAACAGAAUGUGGCCAGACGCCCUCCUCGCCCCUCUCCUCAGCUGUUGAAUGUUCCGGUGCUCCUCGGAUCGAGAGGAAGCUGAGCAUUGAGAUUAAAAAGGUCCCCUUACAGGAAGGACCUCGUAGUUUUGACACCUCCACCUCCAUGGGUGUAGCAGGAGGAAUCAGCAACAGUUCCACCAACAACGCCGGCAUGCUGCAAAGAAGCCACGCCUUCAAAGCCAGAGCCAGCCAAUCGCUGCUGACGUCGAGCUCCUCGCUGUCGGAGGACUCGGGCACAGAGGGGGGAGCAGGUGGAUACGGGGAGAGUAACGCUGACGGGGGCGUCCUCACCAGACCUAACCACCUCCCUGUGAAGAGCGAGAAGGUGGAGACGCCGGGGGGAGGGGAGAGAGCUGAGGUGAAGGCUGGCCACGCGGCGUGGAGUCAACCCUGCAGCAGCCCGGACAAACACUUCCUCAAAACCACAUCAUCCUCUUCCUCCUCUUCAGAACGUGUCGCCCCAUCCUCCUCCUCCUCCUCCCACCUGUCCUCCUCCUCCUCCUCCUCCUCCACCCCUGUUAGGACUGCUCUCAGCUUCACCAACCCGCUGCACUCUGAUAACUCAGAUAACGAGGAGGGGGACGGGGAGAUGUCCGGAGGUAAGGAGGGUUAUCGGACCACAGCGACGGCCGUGGUGACGGCGUCCCUCCAUCACGGAGACCAGCAGCCCAUCAGGAAGGUGUCGCCCAUGUCGAUCGCGGGGCAGAGCACUCCGUCACCCUCUGCAAACACAGCAAAUUGCUGGGACAGCGACGACUCCCCUCCCCCCCUCCCUGCGAGAACCCCUGAGUCCUUCAUACUGGCCACAGACCCUCUGGAGUUGAAAACAUCAGCCUCAGUCGAAUGGAGCGGCUCACAUAAAGAUGUGUCAGACUGUGUUAAAAAGACAUCUCCAGCAGACCCUGGAUCAGCUGGAACCACAGCUACAGACAGCAAGCCAGACCUGGGUGGGGUUCAGUAACCGCUGCAUUCAGCCCAAAGGCCCCCGGGAACCCCCCCUGGAGUGGACAUGAUGGAACAGUCCAUCCGCGCCGUCCACCGGCAAGAGCUCCUCCUCCAUCAGGAUGGAAUCCACCCAUCACACCUGGCUGGUCCAAAAAAAAAAAAAAAAUCAUAGAUGCUAGAAAGACAGAAAGCACAAUGUUAUCCAGAAACAGCUUCUGUGUAACUCUGUGUGAACUUCUCCUCCUCCUCAGUGCCACUGUGCAAAGCAGAAGAACACU